CUCUAUCGAUCCUGAAAUUCCUAAUCUAGCUACCAGCAGUCACCUCCGUACCUUACGUGUCGAGAAAAGUCAAAUGUACCAUAUUUACUCAAGGUUAAGACGAGAAACUCAACCUCUCAGCUCUGAACUCAGAACUCCCAAUCUAGCCCUCGUAGCUGUCACAUCCAUACCAUCCAUAUCGAGUAAAGUCAAAUUUACCUCACGUCCACGUAUAUCUGUAUACUUUCGGCUCAGUCGGAAUCGAUACCCCAGUGAUAGUAAUCAAAAACCAAACUUUCAAGAAUGUCACUGGAUGAUGGUCUAGACUCCAGAGAUAGAACAGGUGGUAAGUGGGAAUGUGCAUCGUACCGUCUGUCUUCCUAGGAAGGAGUUCGCAUCUCGUCCUUUUCAGUAUACCCAUCCAUUUUAUCCUCCGCGUGAAGUCUCCUCGUUGGGGAAUCACAGCAUCAAAUAUUCAGCUCAAAAAGAAGAAGAAUCUGAGAUUCUGCACACUUGGCACAUCACAUACUCAAUAUCGAUUCAAUUGUACUCGAUCCAUCCAUCCAUUCUUCCACAACAACUUGAUGCUCUCUCAAGCAGCCCCCUUGUUUUUUUUUAAGCUGCAUCUCCUCCUUUCUCUAGGUAGGAGAGAAUAUCAAAUGUUCAGAAUCAAACUUAUUAGGGGCUACUAAUCAAUCUUGAGUAGCAACACAGCGAUAUGGUGAGGCGAUGAAAAAAAUUGAGGGCCU